AAUAGUGAGCGGUGCAACCGAGAGGCGCCAGUGUGCGGGAGAAAGCGGAGCCACGCACAGCAGCCCAGGUCCCAUCCUGUCAUUUGUUUUUCAUCCCCCCCAAAGACCCCCGCACUGGACCAAGUGCUCGCUUUCCACCCCGCGUCGGAGAUGUGCAAGAAAAGGAGAGCCCAGCCGGGGGUCCCGGCGUGAAACCGUCGGCCAGUCCGGGCGCCAAGAUCAAAGGGAAGCGAUUGUCUCCGGAGUCCCGAGGACGAAGACGGCGUGAGCGCUUCAGGAGCCGCGGAGAUGUCGGUGCCGCUGCUGAAGAUCGGCGUGGUGCUCAGCACCAUGGCCAUGAUCACCAACUGGAUGUCGCAGACCCUGCCCUCGCUGGUGGGGCUCAACACCACCAAGCUGACGGCGGCGCAGGGGGGCUACCUGGACCGCAGCACCGGAGUGCUGCCGGCAAACCCGGAGGAGUCGUGGCAGGUGUACAGUUCUGGCCAGGAUGGCGAGGGUAGGUGCGUGUGCACCGUGGUGGCGCCCCAGCAGUCCAUGUGCUCGAGGGACGCCCGCACCAAACAACUGAGGCAGCUGCUGGAGAAGGUCCAGAACAUGACCCAGUCCAUCCAGGUGCUGGACCAGCGAACCCAGAGAGAGCUCCAGUAUGUGGAGAAGAUGGAGGUCCAGCUCCGUGGCCUGCAGACCAAGUUCAGGCAGGUGGAGGAAAGCCACAUGCAGAACACCGCCAAGCAAUACAAGGCCAUAAAGGCGAAAAUGGAGGAGAUUAGACCGUUGAUACCGGUGUUGGUGGAGUACAAGGCCGAUGCCAAAUUGGUAUUGCAGUUUAAGGAGGAGGUCCAGAAUCUGACGUCAGUUCUAAGCGAACUCCAGGAGGAGAUGGGCGCCUAUGACUACGAGGAGCUCCACAGCCGAGUGUCAAAUCUCGAGGAGAGGCUGCGAGCGUGCAUGCAAAAAUUAGCGUGCGGCAAACUGACGGGCAUCAGCGACCCCAUCACCAUCAAGACGUCGGGGUCCAGGUUCGGGUCCUGGAUGACCGAUCCUCUGGCGCCUGAAGGGGACACACGGGUCUGGUACAUGGACGGUUACCACAACAACCGUUUUGUGCGGGAGUACAAGUCCAUGCAGGACUUCAUGACGUCGGACAACUUCACGUCCCACCGGCUGCCCCACCCGUGGUCCGGAACCGGUCAAGUGGUCUACAACGGCUCCAUCUACUUCAACAAGUUCCAGAGCCACGUCAUCAUCAAGUUUGACUUCCGCACCUCCUCCAUCAGCAAGUCCCGGCAGCUGGACUACGCCGGCUUCAACAACGCCUACCACUACGCCUGGGGCGGCCACUCCGACAUCGACCUGAUGGUGGACGAGGGGGGCCUGUGGGCCGUCUACGCCACCAACCAGAACGCGGGCAACAUCGUGGUCAGCAAGUUGAACCCCAACACGCUGCAGAUCGUUAAGAGCUAUAGCACCAAUCACCCCAAGAGGAGCGCCGGUGAGUCCUUCAUGAUCUGCGGCACGCUCUACGUCACCAACGGGUACUCUGGCGGUACCAAGGUCUACUACGCCUACUCUACCAACUCCUCUACGUACGAGUACAUAGACAUCGCCUUUCAGAAUAAGUACUCGCACAUUUCCAUGUUGGACUACAACCCGCGAGACCGCGCCCUCUACGCCUGGAACAACGGGCACCAGGUGCUCUACAACGUCACACUGUUCCACGUCAUCCGCUCCGAGGAACUGUAACCAUCGAUGGGAUCUAUAUAUCUUUGGAAGACUGCGUCAGCAAAAAUAUCCUACUAAUAAAAACCAAGAGACUGAAUGUGCACAUAGGGGACUUUUACAAAGAAAGAUCUUGGUAUAGAACAGGGGUGUCAAACUCAUUUUAGACACAUGGAGAAAAAUCCCUGGUAAAAUCACGGCAUGAUAAAUUAAAAAUAAAGACAAUUUCAGAUUGUUUUCUUUGUUUAAAAAUAGAACAAAGACAUUCUGAAAAUGUACAAAUCAUUAUGGUUUUUUUUACACUUACAUGUUGCAGUUAAUAGUAUUCUACCUUAAUUUGUCGUUAUUUAUACUUUCUAAAUAAAUGAUGUGAUAAUGUUCAUCAGUCAACUAAUUUAUGUUAAUUUUCAAAAUAUCAAGAUAAAAAAAAAUGGUAACACUUUAGUACGGGGAACAUAUUCACUAGAGAUGUCCGAUAAUAUCGGACUGACGAUAUUAUCGGGCCGAUAAAUGCUUUAAAAUGUGAUAUCGGAAAUUAUCGGUAUCGGUUUCAAAAAGUAAAAUGUAUGACUUUUUAAAAACGCCGCUGUACGGAGUGGUACACGGACGUAGGGAGAAGUACAGAGCGCCAAUAAACCGGCCCAACAUAAUAUCUACGGCUUUUCACACACACAAGGCAUACUUGGUCAACAGCCAUACAGGUCACACUGAGGGUGACCGCAUAAACAACCUUAACACUGUUACAAAUAUGCGCCACACUGUGAACCCACACCAAACAAGAAUGACAAAACACAUUUCGGGAGAACAUCCGCACCGUAACACAACAUAAACACAACAGAACAAAUACCCAGAACCCAGAAGAAUUUGGGAGCAUGUCCCAAAUUCCAAGCUACUGUUUUGAGGCAUGUUAAAAAAAAAAUAA